UGCUUUGCUUCUGCUACAUGUCAGCAGACGCCUAUGAUUUCUUAUUGAAAUUCCUCAUCAUUGGCGAAUCCGGUGCCGGAAAGUCAUGCCUAUUACAUCAGUUCCUUGAAAACCAAUUCAAGGACGCUUCAACCAAUACUAUUGGUGUGGAAUUUGGCAGCCGGAUUUUGCAUAUUGCCGACAAAUCGAUAAAGUUGCAAAUAUGGGACACUGCUGGCCAGGAACGAUUUCGGUCCGUCACUCGAAGUUACUAUAGAGGAGCAGCUGGAGCUUUACUUGUAUAUGAUAUAAGCAACCGAGAUACCUUUGUUGGAUUGUCUUCUUGGCUUACUGAUGUUCGAACGCUGGCCAGUCCAGAGCUAGUGGUCCUUCUGGUGGGGAAUAAAACAGAUAGAGCCGAAGACAGAGAAGUGUCUUACCUCGAGGCCAGUCGAUUUGCACAAGAGCAUGAACUGAUGUUCAUGGAAGCCAGUGCAAUGACCGGCGAUGGAGUAGAAGAUUUAUUUCUAAAGUGUGCCCGAUCGAUUUUGACAAAGGUUGAGACAGGUAAGAAAAUAAAAAUUUAGGAGGAAAAAGGAGGCCGCAAUUACAUUCGAUCAGCUGCAGAUUGAAAAUGUGUAC